UUAUGGCUACUAAUGACUUGAUGACUGAACUACAGAAAGAUUCUAUCAAGUUGGAUGAUGACAGCGAAAGAAAGGUGGUGAAGAUGAUUCUGAAAUUACUGGAAGAUAAAAAUGGUGAGGUGCAAAACUUAGCUGUCAAAUGUCUCGGCCCUUUGGUGAGUAAAGUGAAGGAGUAUCAAGUGGAGACCAUUGUAGAUACCCUCUGUACAAACAUGCUUUCAGAUAAGGAACAGUUACGUGACAUUUCAAGCAUUGGCCUUAAAACUGUGAUUGGAGAACUCCCCCCGGCUUCCAGUGGUUCUGCAUUAGCGGCUAACGUUUGCAAAAAGAUCACAGGACGUCUCACUAGUGCUAUAGCCAAGCAGGAAGAUGUGUCUGUUCAAUUAGAGGCGUUGGAUAUCAUGGCUGAUAUGCUGAGCAGGCAAGGAGGACUGCUUGUUAACUUCCAUCCUUCAAUUCUGACCUGUCUGCUCCCCCAGCUGACUAGCCCCAGGCUUGCUGUGAGGAAAAGAACCAUCAUUGCUCUUGGUCACCUGGUUAUGAGUUGUGGCAAUAUAGUUUUUGUUGACCUCAUUGAACAUCUGUUGACAGAGCUGUCUAAAAAUGAUUCCAUGUCAACAACUAGGACCUAUAUACAGUGUAUCGCUGCUAUCAGUAGGCAAGCAGGUCAUAGAAUAGGUGAAUAUCUUGAGAAAAUAAUUCCUUUGGUUGUAAAGUUUUGUAACGUAGAUGAUGACGAACUAAGAGAGUAUUGCAUUCAAGCCUUUGAAUCCUUUGUUAGGAGGUGUCCUAAAGAAGUUUAUCCUCAUGUAUCUACUAUUAUAAACAUUUGUCUAAAAUAUCUUACCUAUGAUCCUAACUAUAAUUAUGAUGAUGAAGAUGAAGAUGAAAAUGCUAUGGAUGCUGAUGGUGGUGAUGAUGAUGAUCAAGGGAGCGAUGAUGAAUAUAGUGAUGAUGAUGAUAUGAGCUGGAAAGUGAGGCGUGCAGCUGCUAAAUGUCUGGAUGCUGUGGUUAGCACGCGACAUGAAAUGCUUCCAGAAUUCUACAAAACUGUAUCUCCUGCAUUAAUAGCCAGAUUCAAAGAGCGUGAAGAGAAUGUAAAAGCAGAUGUUUUUCAUGCAUAUCUUUCUCUUUUAAAACAAACUCGACCUGUGCAGAGUUGGCUUUGUGAUCCUGAUGCAAUGGAGCAAGGAGAGACACCUUUGACGAUGCUUCAGAGUCAGGUUCCCAACAUAGUUAAAGCCUUGCACAAACAGAUGAAGGAGAAAAGUGUGAAGACUCGACAGUGUUGCUUUAACAUGCUGACUGAGCUAGUAAACGUGUUACCUGGAGCCCUAACACAACAUAUUCCUGUACUUGUACCAGGAAUAAUUUUUUCACUUAAUGACAAAUCAAGUUCUUCUAAUCUGAAGAUAGAUGCUUUGUCCUGUUUGUAUGUGAUCCUCUGUAAUCAUUCUCCCCAAGUCUUUCAUCCUCAUGUUCAAGCAUUGGUACCUCCAGUAGUAGCUUGUGUUGGUGACCCCUUUUACAAGAUAACAUCAGAGGCUCUUUUGGUUACACAACAACUUGUGAAGGUCAUUCGUCCUUUAGACCAGCCUUCUUCCUUUGAUGCUACUCCUUACAUCAAAGAUUUAUUUACUUGUACAAUCAAGAGAUUAAAGGCUGCUGACAUUGAUCAGGAGGUAAAAGAGAGGGCAAUAUCUUGCAUGGGUCAAAUCAUUUGUAGCCUUGGUGACAGCCUCGGCACAGACUUGCCCAGUACACUUCAGAUCUUCCUAGAGAGACUGAAGAAUGAGAUCACUCGGUUAACUACAGUGAAGGCCAUGACACUGAUUGCUGGUUCUCCUUUGAAGAUAGAUUUAAGACCAAUCCUUGGGGAAGGAGUUCCUAUUCUUGCCUCUUUUUUGAGAAAAAACCAGCGAGCUUUGAAACUGGGCACUCUUUCUGCUCUAGAUAUUUUAAUUAAAAAUUACAGUGACAGCUUGACAGCUGCCAUGAUUGAUGCUGUCCUGGAUGAGCUUCCACCUCUCAUUAGUGAAAGUGAUAUGCAUGUAUCACAGAUGGCCAUCAGUUUUCUUACAACACUGGCUAAAGUAUAUCCAUCCUCCCUCUCGAAGAUCAGUGGGUCCAUUCUCAACGAACUUAUUGGGCUGGUGAGAUCGCCUCUACUCCAGGGUGGAGCACUUAGUGCCAUGCUAGAAUUUUUCCAAGCUUUGGUUGUGACUGGGACAAAUAACUUAGGCUAUAUGGAUUUACUACGCAUGUUAACGGGUCCAGUGUACUCGCAGAGCACAGCACUUACUCACAAGCAGUCUUACUAUUCUAUUGCCAAAUGUGUAGCUGCCCUUACUCGAGCUUGCCCUAAGGAAGGACCAGCUGUUGUAGGUCAGUUCAUUCAAGAUGUCAAGAACUCCAGGUCCACGGAUUCCAUUCGGCUUUUGGCUUUGCUUUCUCUUGGGGAAGUUGGGCAUCACAUUGACUUAAGUGGACAAAUUGAGCUGAAAUCUGUAAUAUUAGAAGCAUUCUCCUCUCCUAGUGAAGAAGUCAAGUCGGCAGCAUCUUAUGCAUUAGGCAGUAUUAGUGUUGGCAAUCUUCCUGAAUAUCUGCCGUUUGUCUUACAAGAAAUAACCAGUCAACCUAAGAGGCAAUACCUUCUUCUUCAUUCCUUGAAAGAAAUAAUUAGCUCUGCAUCAGUGGUUGGUCUCAAACCAUAUGUUGAGAACAUCUGGGCCUUACUUCUGAAACACUGUGAAUGUGCAGAAGAGGGUACAAGGAAUGUUGUUGCUGAAUGUUUGGGCAAGCUUACUUUAAUAGAUCCGGAGACUCUGCUUCCGCGACUCAAGGGAUACUUGGCAUCAGGAUCGUCAUAUGCUCGAAGUUCAGUGGUUACGGCUGUUAAAUUCACUAUUUCUGACCAUCCACAACCCAUAGACCCACUAUUGAAGAACUGCAUAGGUGAUUUUCUGAAAACACUGGAAGACCCAGAUCUCAACGUCAGGAGGGUAGCCCUAGUGACAUUUAACUCGGCUGCACACAAUAAACCAUCCUUAAUAAGGGACCUGUUAGAUACUGUGCUUCCUCACCUUUACAAUGAAACAAAAGUCAGAAAGGAGCUAAUCAGAGAGGUGGAAAUGGGACCAUUUAAGCAUACAGUUGAUGACGGGUUGGACAUAAGAAAAGCAGCUUUUGAGUGCAUGUAUACCCUUUUGGAUAGCUGUUUGGAUAGACUAGAUAUUUUUGAAUUCUUAAACCAUGUUGAAGAUGGCUUGAAGGAUCACUAUGACAUUAAGAUGCUAACCUUUUUAAUGCUGGUGAGACUGUCCACCCUUUGUCCAAGUGCAGUGCUACAGAGGUUGGAUAGACUUGUUGAACCUUUGCGUGCUACAUGUACAACGAAGGUAAAGGCAAAUUCAGUGAAACAGGAGUUUGAAAAGCAAGAUGAACUGAAAAGAUCUGCUAUGAGGGCAGUAGCAGCGCUUCUAACCAUUCCAGAAGCAGAGAAGAGUCCAUUAAUGAGUGAAUUUCAGUCACAAAUAAGCUCUAACCCUGAGCUGGCAGCCAUCUUUGAAAGUAUCCAAAAAGAUUCAUCAUCCACUAACUUGGAAUCAAUGGACACUAGUUAAAUGUUUGUCUAAAAUGGGGACCAUUAUGUUGAACCAUAUGAUGCACUGAAUUGACAGGUUAUGAGUAAGAAACAGAAAAGUAUCUAAUCUACACAUUGUUCCACUUUAUUUACCUUUACGGAGACAGUUGGCUUUUCCCAUUGUUGCUUUUCUAGCAUUUAUUCCAGAAAUGUAUUUGCAUAAUCCAGAGUUUGUUAACCACUCUUGUUUUAGUGGAUUUGGCCACAUUUGGGAAUAAAAAGUUGAUUCAUGGUGUGUGGAAAUAGGUUCCAACAUCCAUUUGCCCUGUAAUGUUUAGGAUUAAAAUGUUAAAAUUUUGUGACCAUGAUUUUUUUUUUCUUUUAUUCACUCUUUCUACUUGUAAAGCAAAAAGGAGGAGGGGUGGGUGGGAAUCAACCCUCCAGGUGCACAAUGUUUUUGUAUAACUUUUUUCUUUUUUAUUUCAGCUUCAUAAAUUGAUUUGACUGGCAGACAAAUUCUGUGCAAGAUUUCUUAUAUUAAAGAGAGGGUUUGGGCACAGUUCAAAAAAGCAGACAUAAAUGUCCUUUUUAAAAGUGUGGGGAUUAGAAAACAAACAUCCCUGUUGUGCACACUAAUUUUGCAUGAGCAAGUUUACAAAUAUAUAUUGUCUGUAAAACAGCAUGUGCAGUUUAUUUGUAAUGCAAGUUAAAAUAAGUGCUGCUGUAUCAGUGCAGUUUUCAGGUAUUUUGACAUACAGAACAUUCAUACAGAAAGGAAUGAAUGGAGGUUGGCUGUUUUAACUUGGCUUUUUUGAAUGCCAGUGCUGUGGUCUGCAGAUGUACUUAUAGUAAAUAGAAACAGCCCCUGCAGUAUCCAGGUAUUUCAAACUCGCAGGCUGGAUCCUUUGGAAUUGAGGUGGACAAACCAGAAGAUCGGAGGAAAAUAGGAUGGGAUGGAGGUAAAAUAAGCAGAGAAGAACAAUAGCUGCUGGAUGGCUGCUGAACUGUGGGUUAACUCUGCUUUUGUUAAAAGUAUUAAAAGGUUUCAAGUGGCUUCUACCUCCUGCUCCUCAUCCUGCAGCUUUCUAUAAGGCACUAAUAUGCAGUGUUACCUAGACAAGUAUUGUUAGACCAUCAUUCUGUGCUUAUCAAAAUGUUUUCUAGCACAGGGAACCACCAGUAAGUUGCAGUGCUGCAAGUGUCUUAUGACCUUUUGGUGAGAGAGAGAACAGGGAAUGGUUGUUAAGACUGCAAAGAAGGAGAAAUGUUAGACAGCUAACAAAUACUACAAGACAAAGUCUACUGUAAAUAUGCUGGGUAUGCUGAAUGUGGAACAAAAUGUGAUAGCUGGCAAGUGCCUCACUGUCCCUUAAUAGCAGAAGGUUGGGAACCACUGCCUCAAAUUAAGGCUUGUCAUUGCUUGGUUAACACAGUUGCAUAGUUGUCUUGGCCUUUUUUUUUUUUUUUGUAUCAGAUAUGAUUUUUUUUUCCCUAGUUAACUGAUAUUUUAUUAGGUAGUCUGAUAUUUUGGAAACCUGUUACGCAAAUAUGUGGCAUAUGCUGCUACAGGAUUAAACAAAAACAUGUGUUUUUUUGACCUCUGAGAUAGUUUUCCGUAAGCACUGAUUUUUAGGGGCAAAUUCUUCGUCUUACACACUUGCAGCUUGGGGAAAGCAGGAGAGGCAUUGGUGCGUUUUACUUUAAUAAAAGGACCUGAACUAAGAUGUUUAUGAUCUCAUUCCAUAUUACCAAUUUUAAUGCUGUAGAAACUUUUGAAAUUGUAGCUUUGUCUGUCUACAAAGUUUUCAAACUAAUGUAACAGUUGUCUUCUAGUAGCAGAAAUAAAUGAGAUUAACUGUACCAAUAUAUUUAAAUGUCAUGGAAAAGUAUGGGUGACUCUAGAGAGAAACCAUAUGGUGAGAAAAUCACUGUGAAUUAGGUGCAUUUUUCCCUGCUGUAGAACUCAUCUACUUCAAUUACAGCAAUAUACAAACCUCCUAAUUAAGAAUCUGCUGUGCUAAUUAGUUGUCAAACUAAUCUUGAUACUUUUGUGUUAAGUUCUCAGAGAGCAUUAGAAUGUUUUAUAGACCUAAAGUUAGGUGUGAGAAUGGUAUGAUAAACAUGAAAUGUGAGGCUAAAAUGUAAAUUGGGUAGGUAAUGAUGGUAAACAGGAUACUUGCAUAGUUGAGACUUGCGUGUGUUUGUGAAUUAACACAAUACCUAUGUUGUGGGUACAAGUAAUUUUUGUUUUGUUCUAUAAUACCUCGCAGGAGAGCAAGCUUAAGGACAAAAGAGAAGGCUGAGAUGUAUAUUAUGUAGUGCAUGCUUUCUCGCAGGAGAGGGUAGUUUUUGCUUAGACCACUGGUGAAGCAGGUGGAAACAUAAAAAUUAAGUCUUCCAUGUAAACUGAACGCAUCCCAAAAGUAUUCUCUCCAAGUAGCUGUUGGAUAUUUCAGCAGUCUUAAGGCAGGAAGACAGGCUUGCAAGGGUCAUAACUGCAGCACAAUUACUGAAAUGAUUUAUUAGGAUUUACCGAAUCUAACUAGGUUAGGAGCUGAAAUUCCACUGACUUUACUGUGUUGCUUGUUUUGAGGGGGUUUGUGUUCCCCCCUGUCUAUCCCAGUAUUCUGAUAAAUCUGGUGUACUUGCAUUUUUAGUGCAAUUAUGUUCCGUAAUUCUCUUAUGGAUGAUGUCAGGAAUACGGUUAGCUUCUUUUAACAGUAAAUAUCUGAAACUAAAAUAUGAAAUUACCCUCAUUAAGAGAUCCUUACAGAAUUUGUGUUUUGUUUAAAGAUUCCCAGUAUGAUUAGAAUUUGCUCCUCUUGAUUUUGCACAGAGGCAACUGAGACAAUUUAGUGAACUUGCACCUAAUUGUAAAAAUGGUUGGCCAUUCCUCACAGUGUAGAUUCUUGCCUUUAACUAUUUUUAUAUUUCAAAAGUAAUGAAUGUCUUCAGUAGGGAAAGUUGUCCAGUAUGCUGUGAUCUUGAGUGAAAACUGUGCCAUCUUUGCAAGGGAAGUCUCUUCUAAAAUUAUGGAAUGAAAACUGCAGGUACCUUAACAUUGCACUUUAAUCAUGUAAAUUAACUCAAAUUUUCCUUCAGAAUGUUACAUCUAGCAUAGCAGUUGACAAAAUAAAACAGCUGAACUAAUUUCAGAUUGUAUUUUUAUGAACUAAGCAAGAGUUCUAGUACAACUCCUGUUUGUAUGAAGUUGAUCUGGUUCAAAUGCAGGCAACAUCACUUUUCUUGCAUGAAAGGAUAAUUUUGACAUCAAGUCAAAUUAGAAUUGUGAAUGAAAAGUUCAUUUAUGUGACUAUUGUAUUUGGCUUAAUAUAACUCAGUCAUGUUAGGAACAAGUUCACCCUGCUCUGUUGAGCUGAUUUCUAGUAGUGACUUUGCCCCCGUUCUUAUAUGUAGUGGUAUUUCCUUCCAUCCUCUUACCUUGGAAAACUUUGAAAGCAAAGUAACCUGUGGCCUUAAGAGUUUAAAAAGGAAAAAAAACAAACCAAAAAACCCCCUGAUCAUUCUGACUGAAAGCUAGCCUUUACCUGUUCCAUAUGAACACCAAAAGGUUAAGCCUAAAACCUGUAUUUUGUUAUUUCCUUGUUGCCUACUUUAAGAUUCAGAUAAAAAGUACUUUGUUACUAUUUUUUAAAACUAAUUGUGGAAAUAUCAUAGAUACUGGUCUCUUCAUUACUUUUUGUCCUUGUUUCCUCCUCAGUGGGUCAUGGUGAGCUUUACUUGUUGCACUAUUAAAAUGUGAACAGGGAGGCUUUGUGAUUGUGAGCGUUGCCUCAGUGCUCUAGAAGAGCCCCUCAGUAAUAGGGUCACAGCCCAAAGGGACUUUUACACUAAAAGUGAACUUUUUAUUAGUAUCAGUUAUAUAUUUUUCAUUGUAUCUGAGUUUGGAGGGAGGAGAAAUCAGAGUUUUCAACUCUGAUUGGAGGUGGAUUAAUUUUCCAGGAGCAGUGUUGGUGAAAUGGGGAUGUUCUCAGCAGGAGCUGCUUUUGUGAGGAUCAGGCAUUUUGCCUUGGUAGGGAGUUAGGCUUUCUUAAAGUCUUUCCAGCCAUGAAGCUUUAAUGCUUCUACAUAACCUUUGAUGAGGAGAAGACUGCAUUCCAAAAAAAAAAAAAAAAAUCAUUCAUCCUCUGAAAGAAACAAAAGUUUCUAUUAUUUUAGGCUAUGUACUGUGUUUUAGAACGUAACCCUGAGCCAGGGAAGAAGUAAGUGUGUUUGAGAACCACAACCACACAGUGGGUGGAAUACAGAUGUUAGAUGAAAUGCAGCACUGAUAAAAAGAAAGUGAAAUCUGAAAGUGCAAAUAUUUUCCUCAAGUAAAAUCAAAAGAGAAUACUCCUUUCUUUUAUGUUCUGCCUUUGAUCCAAUUUUUGUAAAAUUGGAAUUACAGAACAAAGGAAAAAGUAAUUAGCACGUUAUGAACUUCUGUGAUCCUAGAACCUGAGUAUUUUCUCUUCUUCCCUGCUGCUUCCUUAAAAAUAGACAAAGGGGAAAAAAAAAAGUACUGCAGAGGUAUUUUGACAAAGAGACAUGAUAAUACUGAAGAGGCUUUUAUUCUGAAGGUUUUAAAGUUACUAAUUUUUAAUUUUUCAGUUUUUAUAUAUAUAUUUUUUUCUGAGGAAAUUCUUUCCCUUCAUAUGUGGAUUUAUCUCCUGACAACUUGGAGGCAGUUCAGUACUGCUGCUUGAAGACUUUAAGAACUAAAUUGUGUCACUUGGUUCAGGAUAGUAAAGAUGUUCCUGGCGUAGAACAAGUUUGCAGUUCACUCUUUCGCAAUGUUUCUGUUUUAAUAAUUAAAAAUCAUUCUUGUGUGGCUGACUUCCUUUCAACUUCCAGCUUUGCUUAUCUUCUCUUCAACUGAAGAAGUAUUGGACUCUUAAUCAUAUGGUUACUUUGGUGCCAUCCUUCCUGAGGGCUCCUAACGACUUAUGGCGGGGAGGAGAAACACCCUUCAAGUAUUGAACCGUGUACGUUCCACUGGUUUCAAACAAAUGCUGUCUAUAUAACUUAAGUGGGAAGUGUUUCCAGUAUCCUGCAAACUUACUGUUCAGCUACUAAACUGAUGUGCUUUCCUUUUAAUAGACAGUUUCAGAAGCUUUGGAGCUAUGCCUGAUUUCUGAAAGGUGCUGGGUUUUUUUUUUGGGGUGUGUGUGUGUGUGAUGGUAUGAGAUUUUUGAGUUGCGCUGAUGCUUGGAAGCUGUAGUUCAUGCCUGAACUUGAGCACAGUAAUUCUCCUAUAGGAAUGUGUGCGUUCUCACUGCUUGCUAAAAAGUAAACUUUGCACUUCAUUAGAGUCAAACUUGCAAAAUUGGUAUCGCUUCCCCUGAAGAUGCAUCUUUUGAUAAAGCAAUAUUGCUGGGUUGCCUUCCAAGAACCUACUUAAAUUUUAGAGUUUCUGCUUCAUGUAAAGUAAAUAUUUCUGGUUUACCUCUUAUUCAGCUUUCAAGACUUUGUUACUUUUCAGUGCAUUGCUGUUUGUAACUUGCUACUUAGGAAAAAUGAGGAGAGGUAUCUAUGCAGCAGAAUGAAAAACUUGUACGUGGUAACUUUUUUACUGUUGGCAGGUUUUUGUUUUGUUCAAUGCUCUCAUGUAGUCUGAUACAUGACUGUAAUAUAAAUGAGAGGAAAAAUUGAUAAGGAAGUUCAAAAUGAUAAUUGUGCAAGUUACAUCUCAAGCUUUCAACUGUAUUACUUGGUUGCUGGGAUAUUUCUAUGAUUUUGGAAGGUUUUUUCUAUCACCUUCUGUGGUGAUGGGGAAUAUAGACUUUGUGACAGGCAACAGUAUGUCUGUGAAUUCCAUAAAGAACAGAUAUUACUUGUUUGUAAUAGAAGCGAUAAUUUUGUCAGUAGUUACAAGGUUAUUUCUGUUUAUUUCCUUUUAAUAAGAAUAUGCCCUCUAAGAAGCCUUUGAAAUCUUUUCUAGUUUGAGCCAUAUUCAGCUCCUGCCUCACAAUCUAUAAACAUUGUGCCUGAGAGUUGUUUUUGAGCAUUUAGGUUAUGUUAAAUACUAUUUUGACUGCUCCUGCUACAUACAAUCACUCAUGUAGGCCACGGACAAAAAAAAAGAAUCAUUUGUUUUAUCUGAAAACUCAAAAAUGAAAGCCUCUAACUCUUCUUUAGACAAAUGAAUCAAGUGUUGCAUCAGUAAAGCACUUGCCUGUACAUAGAGACAAACCUUAGCAGAGAAGAGAGUUUAAGUUCCCUAUUUGUUUGCUGGGAAGAUUGGCCUCUGCAAUUGCAGAAGAUAUCUGGCAAGCUACUCGCCUCUUCCUUCUGCAGUCUUCCCUAAGGAGCAAGGUAGCUUAGGCUCUUAUAGCAAACAGGUACUUCCUAAAGUGAUCCCAAAACGUUUGCUAUUUGUGUGUUGACGUUCUUCUCUGAUAAAGGAGUUGUUUUGUACUUGUUUGCUUCAUCCUUAACUGUGUAGUCAUUUCCCAAAUCACUCCAUUAGAGGGUAAUUUUUGCUGCAUAGCAAAACUUGAUGCUUGCUCAUGACUAUGUUCAGAUUCAACAGAUGAGGGAUCUCAUCUGCCCAGAAACCACCUGUGGUUGCUACUGCUACUGGAAAAUCUUUCAGUAUGAGCCACCAAAGAUCGUAAUUGUGAUCAACAGUUGUCCUUUUUCUAGACCCAGAAUGAUUCAGGAUCAUGGUACAAAUAAAAUACUGGAGCAGUGAGCAUGAUUGUGCCAGAAGUUUUUUUUAAGUGUGUUUAUGUUUGUUUUUUUUCAUGAGAUUCAAACAGUAAGAUUUAUUAUCACUCCAUUACUUGAUUAAUAAGCAUAUUAAAUUAUACCUAACAUAACUUGCUUAGUGUGACUAUGAAACGUCUUAUGCCUAAUACAUACUAGUUUCAGCAGCCUCAAAUUUGUGUGCAAAUGAAAGAGAACUGGUACCUGUGGUGGGCUUUUCCCUUGUGGGCUUUUAUUGACCUUCCCAUGAUAUAAACAAUGUUUGCGUCUUUGUUCCAGCUCUAUAGUCUGGAAAUGUUAUCCACACAGUAUGGAUGAAGAAUAGAAGAGUGAUCUGUGAUUCCCACCUGAUUCUCUAGGCAAUCUUGCUAAAGGAAUGUUUCCUUUGAGUGUAAUCUCAAAAAAAGUCCUCCAGAAGACAUCACUUUCUUUCUCCGAGCCUUACAAAGAUUAUUUGCUAGAAUGCUCAGGAAGACUGUUUAUAUCUUUCAUCCUUAUUACAUUCCACUGUGCAUGAAGAAAAUUCUUUUACAAACUGCAUGAAUUAUCCACUUUCUUCUGGGACCUCUGAGAGAUGCUGUGUGCUUAAAUGCAACCAAAAGCAAAUUUUGAGGAAGUUCAUAGUUCCGCCACUCUACCCUUGCAGUGAACAUCCCACAUUAAAGUUUAAUGAAAUUUAAAAUAUCUUGUAAGAACAGUAUAAGUUUCCAAAUUAGCCUAUUAAAAACAUACUAAAGGACAAAAUGAAGCAAUACGUUCCAUGAGCAACAUGACUAAUAGCUUGUAAAUUUGUGCCUUGUCCCCUAAAUCUCUGAACUCUUUCACUGUGCAACGAAUUUAUGUGCUGUAACUCUCGACCAGCUCGCCAGUAAGAGGGUGCUAUUUGUUUGGUGCCUGCAAAGCAGUCUAGUGGCCAAGUUCUGCCUCUAAUUGAGCGAUUUAUAGGAGAUGCUACUUUGAUUCCUUUGCCUUCCCAGCUGCUGCCACUUUUGACAACAAAUUUGGGAUGUGUAAGAAAAUGAAAAAUACUUGUAUUUCCCAUAAUUCUGAUUCUUUUUGGAAGUCACACUAAGAAGUCUAACAACUUAGUGUAUUUUUUGCUAAAUACAAAGUGAGCCUGUAUUAGGAUGAGGAUGCUAACCAAAAAGUGACUGAAUUGCACCGAGUUUUUGUUUUCCCUAAUGCUGUGAGUUGAAAACUCACAUCUGUAGUUCAGAUCUUGGCAUGUUUACAAAAACCAUGCCCUCAUCAGAAUUAGAGAGAACUGUAGCACUGAGGUUGCAGAUGGAUGAGAUGGCUGAGUUCAGUACCUGAGGCGGGGGAAGCAAAGCAAAAUAUUCUGAACUGCUGCACUCUCAAUUUUGGCCUGUUAAGUGGACUGAAUGGUAGAAGAGCGUUUGCAUUUCUAAGUGGCUGAUGUGAAAGUGAUUUACUUGGUUAGAAGAUUAAAGACUUCGUUAUUCGCUUGUUUGGUUUGGCAAAUUAUGCACUGUUCAUGUUUGGUGAAUAUACAGAUAGACAUAGUGACCUAAGUUGCAGGUCAUUUUCUAAAAACUAGAUAAUUUUUUUCAGCUCUGUUCUACUCCUUCACUCUCGACCUCUUAAAAUUAGAGGAAAAAUACAAUUCUGUAAAUCUGUAGUGAGCUGAUGUUCUGCAGAAAUAUCCUUCAUAAUGUUUUUUAAUCUUUCCAGAGGAGAAAAAGUCAAGAAUAGUAAUGAGACUGAACAACUUUCAGCUUUGUGCAUUCAGUCGAUCUAUGUAGAGUUUUACAAGAAAAAUCAAAACAGGUUAAGUAAUUUUUACCCGCAGAGGAAAUUAUGCUUUCUCAAGAAAUGAUUUGAAUAUUUAUUCACGUUGAAACAGUUGGAUAUUACCAAGGGCUGUGUAAGGAAAAGAACUUUCUGAAAUUGUAGAAUUUCUGGUUCCUCAAAUUGGUUAUUUCAGGUCUGUUAGAUGGUUGAAUACAGCUUGUU